AUGGCGCCAUCUUCGUCGCAGCUCUUCCUUCUCUGUGCGGUUGGCAUCCUUUUGCUGGCAAGACCUGCUCAUGCUUUUGGUGCGGGCAACAUUGGAUCCACUUCGAAAAUCGAGGGGCAGAACUGGCGUCAUGGUGAUCUCGAAGACACCUUGUUGACUAUCGUGGCCUCCCGCGCCAUGGGCGGCAAGAAGUUCAGCAAGCUUGACGUCAAGAGAGUUUAUUUCGGUAAUUGGCUGCGUGACUACAGUCAGGCGGUCGAUGUCGGCACGGUCAAAUAUGUCAGCGCAGAGGCCAUCCGCAUCCUGCUUUGGGUGCUUGGGUUCAUGUCUUUCGGAUAUGGCUCGGGAGAGUUCGAAGUCACCAGUCAGAGACUUGGGUGCUACCGACCCGAGGAACAUAUCGACAACCCGAAGGACUAUGCAGACAACCAAGACGCCAGGCAGUAUGACCGUCGCCUUCGCGGCCCUGUCGAUGAACGUCGAGAGCUCUCGAUCAAUCCGCAGACCGGGUUGAAGAACUAUAUUGCUACCGAAGGCAUGGGAAUCGACACUUCUGCUGGUCUGGUAAGAAAACUCUUUGGUAAGAGCAUCGAGCUCGGUCGACAAUAUGCACGGAGUAAGAACAAGAAAGACCUGUACGAAGCACUCCGACUCCUUGGUACCGGAUCCCACUGCCUGGAAGAUUAUGCGGCGCACUCCAACUACGUUGAACUUGCUCUCAUCGAGAUGGGUGAACGCGACGUCUUCCCUCAUGUCGGCCGCCGCACUGCUAUCCAACUCCGCGAGGCACGUCACCCCGUCUACCCCAUUGUCACGGGCACAUUCGGCGGCGUCGACUUCCUCCAUUCUGUCUGCGGUGAAUUUGACGACAAGACCACGCAGUCUGAGAUCCAAGAACUUGACGACACCUUGCAACAGUACCAGAAUGGCAGUCAGGACAAUAGCUUCCUGCAAGAUCUCCUCAAUAAACUGCCCUCCGGCGUGUUCGGCGGAAAGGAUCAAGUCGGGAAGGCCAAUGAGUUGCAACAAAAUGCCCUGAGCCACCAAAUGCAAAACGCCAACAUUUCCCCUCGUCAGCCAGAGCAAUGGGCGCGUUACCUUGACGACGUGCAGAAGCAAAUCUUACCCAUCAUCCAAUGGCACGACGAAAUCAUGCAGUCCAUCACCGAAACCAUUGAAAAGAUCCCGAUCCUGCCUGAUCUGAUUGACCAGAUUCAGGAGCAGAUCAACAAGUUCGUCUUCAGUUUGCUGGCCCCCUUUGUGGUGCCCGUCAUCAACCAAGUCAAGAAUGAACUCAACACGGGCUCCAAUGAGAUCAUCCAAUCCAGCCUUGCUCAGCAGCACAUUGUCUUCAACGACGACCAUUCCUCAGACCCCACGCACUCGAUGCUGUCCAAAGACCACUUCUCCAACAUCCUCAACGAACCCGCCGGCAAAGUGGCCCACCAAACAGUGAAAUGGGUGGUUCCGCAGAUCGUGGCGUGCUGGGACGACGAGCGCAUCGACGUCGAGCGGACCCUGAAUCGCAUCAUCCACGGUGUUCUUCACCACCCUGCAUUGCGUGACUACGGACAAGAUGGUGCCAGCGACGGGCGUCGUCUCAUGUUUGGUGUCGUGGAGGAAUGGUGGCGCGGGAAAUCUGCCUCUGAAAAGGACGGUCUACGCGAACAGCUCAGCCGUCGUGGCGUCGAGACGGGCAGAAACCACAAGCCUGGCGUCCAGGACCACGGACAUGGAAACAAUCGGCCUCUCGGCAUGGCGAAUCUCAACUUCAACACCAACCAGUCGUCCGGUAUCGCAGGCGGUGCUCUUGGGGCCAUCGGCUCUGUCUUGGGUGGAGAUCAGGGUGGUGGGAGACCACCGAACGUCUCUCGGCCUAGUGACCAGCUCGGCCAAAUGGCCGGCGCAGCAGUCGGCGGCGGCAUCCUGGGCUCUCUGGUCGGUGGCAUCACGAGCCAGAUCGGUGGGCAGGUCGGCGGCGAUAUUCUCGGUGGCGGAUUCAACCAGGGUCAAGAGACGUACAAACGCGACUCCUACAACCGCCAAGACGGCUCUCGUACCGAGACGGUGACGCAAUUCGGUCAGUCGUCUUCGGGAGAUAGAUACGGCCAAGCGCAGUACUCGAGGACCACCGAGCCAAGCGGCGAGAGGCGGUAUGAAGAAUACAACCGUUUUGAGCAGCGCGAGACCAUCGGUGGAGGGUGGCAGAGCGAGGUGCAUCAUCAAGAGCGAACUUCCGAGGGGGGAUAUCAAGAGGAGACGAGACGCUACGGCGACAAUGACAACGACAGUCCCUAUGGUGAACGUCGUGAAGAGCAUCAUGGUCGACAACACCACGGACGGGGACACGGACAUCAUGAGGAAGAAGGCGAGCACAGUCGUUACGAACAGCGCCGUGACCGCGAGGAGGAACCGUAUUCCGCGAACAGCUACGGCAGCAGCGGCGGCCGACGCCAGCAGUACGAGACCGAAAGCUCCGAGGGCUAUGGGCGGCGCCAGGAGCAUGAAUACGGUCGACGAAAUGACGACGACAACGAGUAUGGCUCUGGCUACGGCCGUCACGAGCAGCAGCAGCAGCAUCGCCGCGACGACUACUCCUCCAGUGGGGCCGGGUACGGCGGCGGCCGGCGGGAAGAAGAAUCGGCGCCGUACAGUGGCUCCAGCGGAUACGGCCGAGGGGGGGAAGAACCACGGUACGAGUCCGGUGGCUUCGGAGGCGGGCGUCGUCAGGAAGAGGAGUCCAGCUACGAAGGUGGCGGAUACAGCCGUCGUCACCCGGAACAAGAAGAGCCCUCUUACGACGACAUGCCCGGCGGUUUCGGCGGUGCCCGACAAGACGAGGACUCUUCCUUCGGCGGCGGGCGUGGCGACGAGUACGGUGGCCGUGACGAAGGCGGAUAUGGAGGAGGUGGUGGAGGCUUCGGGAGACGAGAAGACUAUGGCGAGAGUGAAGGUUACGGCGACGGCGACGGUGAGGGCCGGCGUCGGUAUGGCGACGGAGGCGAGAACGAAGACUACGGCGGCGGGUACGGCGGUGGGUACGGGAGCUCACGAUACUGA